AUGCGGCUGCGCGGCGAGGGCGAGGGCGAGGGCGAGGCGUCCCCGGCGCGGCCUUCGCCCGCGACCGGUUGCGCGUCUUUUACUCUAAUCGGGCGGGAAAAAAGCAAGCGGCCGCCGCAUGCGCCGUGUUUUAUGGACAAUCGUUGCGGUACGGGCCACGCUCGCGUAGCUCACCGCCUCCCGCUCGGAGCAUUACCACAGGCCAUUAUUAGGAGCCCGGCGUGGUGUGCUGUGACGGUCGCGGCUGGUUCAAGGGUCUGCCCAUCUAUUUAUAGAGCGCGCGGCGCGAUGCUAUCGGGCCUCGGCCAUGCUUCGGCCUCGCACGAUCUACACCCGCCCUCGUUGCACCCCUCCAUGGAGAGUGCAAAGCCCGUGGUGGUCACCGAGGCGACAGACGGGCGGUUAGGACGCGGUCGACGGUUGGAUGAGUCGGACGGGUUGGGCGCGCGACAGGUUCAUCCGUAUUCCGAGCGCGGAGCCCGCUUCCUGCCCCCCGAGCGUCGCCACCAGACGCCUCAGAUCCGUUCGCGUAACGCAUGUUCAUACCCUGCGGCCGACGCUAAUGAGCGACCGAUGGACCGUCGAGAAGAGACUGUGUCGCCGUAUGGAGCCUCGCGCUUUAGCCACAUUCGACGGGCCACGAUUCCGUAUUCGAGUGCGACACCGGACACAGAGUGUCGCGCGUUAUUUACGAUAGUCGCGGAACAAUCGUCCGGACGCGACCUAUCCGGUGCCGUCGACGGCGACUGGGCGACGCGGCCGUCUCUAUACGAUGCCUCCCUUCGAAAU